AUGGCCUCGGGAGCAGUAAUCCCACGAUUCCUACUCCCUCUCCAGGGACCGCUCUGGCGUGGCAUCCGCAUCCCGGUUACGCAAAACGUCCUUGUUCGUUUCGCAUCGUCAAAGUCACCCAACAAUGGCAAGCCGAUUGUCCUAGAGAAGCCUCUCAAGUUCAACCCUCCCUCCCACGGGUCUCGCCUCAGGAAGAACACUCUUCCCAAGCACUAUGGCCAUGUGCUUUCCGCUGAGGAAAUCGCGGUGCAGAACCGCAAGUCCUACCCCGGAAUGAUGGCUCCCGAGGGGACAUGGACGCAUUGGUUCUGGCACAGCCGGAUCUUGCACUUCUUUAUUUCCAUGGGCACGCUUCUCUCGCUCGGCAUCUUCACCUUCUUCAUGAACUAUGCCUCCAACUCGCCAUUCAAGGAACUCCUCCCCCCAGCAUCCUCGUUCUGGAGCCACCCGAUCGAGUUCUUCCUCGGCUGGAAGAACGUCAUUGUCAUGCAUGAGAGGGACAAGGCCAUCCGUGCGUUCGAGCACCGCAUGGAGCACCAAAACGACGUCGCCAAGCGCAGGUACUACAUGAAGAUGCACGGCAUCGAGACCAAGGACCCCAUCACGAUGAUCUUCGGCAAGAGCGAGAAGGAGCCGACGGACGAGGAGAUCGAGGCGGAGGCCCUGGGCACUACGGUCCCCCAGGCUGAGGACGCCAAGCCACCUGAGAGGAGGAAGUUCUGGGGCAUUUUCUGA